CUCCAAGUAGCGAAAAAAAAAAGUGAUGGAAUGAUGGAAUAGGAAGAUUGUUUGAGUAACGCGAUCGGUUAAUAUAACCAGAGAUUGCAUGCCAUCACGAAACGGCUUUCAAUUGCCGAAACAUAAAGAGGAGCCAUAAUGUCAACGAGGUUAUUAUUAUAUACGUCUUGCUCUUUAUUGGGCAUAACCAAAUUUCAUCUGAUUUGAUAGUCAUAAUCAUAAUUAUAAAUUCCAAUCAACAGGUUUUGCAUUGAGUCAGUUUUUUUAAUUAUUCAGCUCACGCUCGAGUUAUGAAUUGUGGAUUAAUUCAAUAAUGUUUAAGUUUGGCUCAACUUUUGAUUGCUGAGUUUGUUUAAAGAAUUUUGAUUUUUUAUAACAAACAGAGAAUAGAAUAAGCAGUUACCAGGGGCAGAAAGGUGUCAAACACAAGCACGAACAGUGAGCGACGUAGUGAGAUUGACCGAAACGCGAUCCUCUAGUUCAUGCUUAGAACUAUGCUUCAAAGUGUUGUGCACGUCGGUGCAUUAACGUGCGAUGGGUUUGCAAAAGUCGACCUCUGGCUUUUGCUAUCAGUCUUGUGCCGUGUUUUCCACCGGGUGGAACAAUUCUGUGUGGUACUGUUUAUUGUUGUUCUUUAUAAUGCACGGCAGAGAUGCACUAGAGCAUACUAGUCUUUAUCAACGAGCUGACAGCGAUGAUAGCGAUGCAGAAGGAGGACUUGGAAAUGUCAGCCGACUGAUUAUACGUCCGCCAGGACAUAGCGGCAAAGCAAAAAAAGGUCAUUUGUGCUUUGACGCAGCCUUUGAAACCGGAAACCUAGGACGGGUGGACCUAGUUUCAGAGUACGAGUAUGACCUCUUCAUCAGGCCGGAUACAUGCAGUCCGCGUCUGCGUCUGUGGUUUAAUUUCACAGUGGACAACGUUCGCCUGGACCAGCGCGUCAUAUUUAACAUCGUUAACAUAUCAAAAACCCGGAAUUUAUUCCGUGAAGGUAUGACCCCGCUGGUGAAGAGCACCAGCAAGCCAAGGUGGCAAAGGAUCCCUCGUCGGCAAGUUUAUUACUACAGAUCACCCCAGCAUCAAAAUCAUCACGUGCUAACUUUUGCCUUCAACUUUGAUCGCGAGGAUGACGUUUAUCAGUUUUCCCUCUCGUAUCCCUAUUCUUACUCCAGGUACCUCGGCCAUCUUGAUAAUCUCUGCACCAAGUGCUCCUCGGUGAAGCGCGAAACCUUGGCUUCCUCCAUCCAGAAGCGCAAAGUUGAGUUAGUCACUAUUGGAUCCAAUGCUGAAGAAAGACAGCGGAGAGUUGUUGCUGUUUUGAGCAGGGUGCAUCCCGGAGAGUCUCCUUCUUCCUUUGUUUGCCAGGGGCUGAUGGAUUUUUUGGUCAGUGCGCAUCCUAUUGCUCAAGUUCUGCGCGAUUAUGUUGUGUUUAAAAUUGUUCCGAUGCUCAAUCCUGACGGAGUUUUUUUAGGGAAUUACAGAUCAACGCUGAUGGGUGUAGAUCUGAAUCGAGCUUGGAAUAGAAUUUCGGAAUGGAUUCACCCAACUUUGUUUGCGACACGAACACUCUUAGAGGGUUUGGAUAAGAAUGCAAAUGCGCCUCUCGAUUGUGUUAUUGAUUUACACGCUCAUACUAAUGGCAAUGGGUUAUUUGUUUAUGGAAAUACUUACGAUGACGUAUAUAGGUACGAAAGACACAUUGUUCUCCCAAAGCUUUUGGCUCAGCACACAGAAGACUACAAUCCAGACAAUACAAUGUACAACCAGGAUCCCCAUAAAGCUGGAACAGCACGUCGUUUUUUGUGCUCUAUUCUCAGUGAGCACGUCAAUUGCUACACGAUUCAAGUUUCCAUGUAUGGCUAUUACCGUAAAGGAUCACCUGAGCUUCUUCCUUAUACUGAGGAAAGCUAUUACAGAGUAGGACGAAACUUAGCCCGAGUCCUGAUGGAGUAUUACAAGCUGACAGGAUUGAUACCCUCGGGACUACCCGACCAGCCGUCGAACAAACGGGGCCGUCAAUCCAGACAGAGGUAUCGGCAACCUCGGGAUCCACGACCCCGGACAGCCAGGACGCCUGCGCCCUUACAUCUCGCAAGCAUUCACGAGUACUUCAAAGAAGAUAUACCGGAAUUACCCACGGGACCUCGGUACCGAUCAAUGAGCGGGACCAGAAUGAACCUGGGGGCGGGUACUGCCAGUGCGAUCGGCACGACCAGUGUCAAAAACCCGAGCUACAGGUAUCGCAGCCCGGGGGCAGGUCCGCUGGACGCCGGCAAGUCUAACGGGCUCUUGAUAAUGCAAGGACAUUCUGAGCCAAGACUGGCUAUCAUUGACUUCAAUCAGCUGACCAGAGGUGGUCUGGACCGCGCCACCGGAAAAAAUCGCGCUAAAAUUCCUAGAAAAUCGCCCGAUCGCUUGACCAAAUUCAGGCGAUAAUUUUGGGAUUUUAAUUUAAUUUUUGUACAUAGGCUUUGCGCUCAAUUUUUUGAAUUAUUAAUUAAAUUACUUUAC